AGAACACAUGGUGUUCCCAGUGGGCUGAGCUUUGAUGGUGAUCGGAAAUCGGCGCUGGGUUCCUCAGGUGUCUCUGCAAAGCGGGAAGGCUCUCGGACCUUGAGGGAGCCUUCUCUCUGUAUACAUAUAUAUUAGUGGUUCAUGCUUCCUCCAGAUUUAAAACUGAGCCACCGCAAAGUAGUCUGGCUGAGGCAGCUGAGCUGGCACCUGCAGUCGCUUUGCUAUCUUGCACUGCUGAUUUGUACGUCUGCGGUUUGGCUCGCCGGCAUACUCUCCUCAACUUGCCUCCGCGUCAGUUGUCCAUCCCUCUGGGGUCCGGGCCCUAGAGUUGACCCAAAGUGCACCCGCCUUUGCGGAGAUGGGGUCUUCCCACUCGGUGCUGGAGGAAAUUCAGGAGCUUGCCGACAAGACAGGCUUCACUUCGGAUCAAAUUGAGAAUCUGCAUCGGAGAUUCAAGCAGCUAAGUGGGGAUCAGCCAACUAUUCGCAAGGAGAACUUUGAUCGUAUCCCCGAUUUGGAGUUCAAUCCAAUUAGAUCCAAAAUUGUCCGGGCCUUUUUCGACAAGAGGAACCUGCACGAAGCAUCUGAGGGCUUGGUGGAGGAGAUUAACUUUGAGGACUUCUUGACCAUCAUGUCCAAUUUCAGACCCAUCGAGAUGGGCAUGGACGAUGAGCAUCAGGAUCGAUUCCGGAAACAGAAGCUGAAAUUUCUCUUCCACAUGUACGAUGCCGACAGCGACGGAAAGAUCACUCUGAAGGAAUACAGGAAUGUUGUGCAAGAGAUGCUGUCGGGGAACCCUCACCUGGACAAAGAUUCGGUGAGGUCCAUAGCGGACGGAGCCAUGAUGGAGGCUGCCAGCAUUUGCGUGGGACAAAUGGAGCCAGAUCAAGUAUAUGAGGGGAUCACAUUUGAAGACUUCCUUAAGAUAUGGGAAGGAAUCGACAUUGAGACCAAGAUGCACGUCCGCUUCCUAACCAUGGAGCCGAUGGCGAUUUGCUACUGACCAUGGAGAAGCUGGGACAGAGACAUUGGUGCCUUGUGGAGUGGCCCGGGGCAAGGGGGAAAAGAAGUCAGGCGGUCGAUACGGGUAUUUCAGGGGGUCAGCGCACCUCCCAGAUCUUGGGCAGUUUGUUCCUGGGUUUGGAGUCGAGAGCUCUGGCCUGCCUUUACAGGUUCUCCCGCUCACUUGAUUUGUCAACGUGAAGAAGCCGCAGUAGCCUCAAAUAGCCAAUAAAGCAGGUUUUGUUUUCA